AUGUAUUUUGUCUUACAUCAUUGUAUAAUUCGUUUAUGGAAAUUCUCUUGUACUGUCAAUUACGUUAAAUGCCAACGAAUAAGAAAGGACUUCUUAGGGAACAAAGUAAUUAUUUUUCAAGAAUCCAACUACAAAUUGUAUAAUACAGGAAGCAACCAAGAAAUUGCAGCAGUAACUGAAUAUCUAGAUAUUGCUUGUAUCAGAACCCAUCUUCUGCUCCUUUUCCAAGAGGAAAUGAGUGUUAUAAUGGCUGGUUUAGUAGAAGAAAGGUUAUCCAUAGAAGAACAACAAAAGCAAGAACAAUGUGGACGAGGGACGAGUUUAACUAAACAAAGAUCAUUUGAUUUGGAGGCAGAUGGAUUUACCACUUAUACUGAUCGUCAGAAAAAAGAUUGGAGAACAAUCUUGAAGCUUGCAUUUCAAUGUAUUGGUGUUGUUUAUGGUGAUUUGGGUACAUCUCCGUUGUACGUUCUACCUGGAAUUUUUCCUGAUGGGAUCGAGAACAAGGAGGAUAUCCUUGGAGUGCUUUCUUUGAUAAUUUACUCCAUUAUUAUCAUCUCCUUGAUUAAGUAUGUAUUCAUCGUUCUGUCUGCAAAUGAUAAUGGGGAUGGAGGAACCUUUGCACUCUAUACUCUGAUAUGUCGUCAUGCAAAGGUCAGUUUGAUACCAACACAGCAGGCUGAAGACACAGAAGUGUCCACUUACAAGUUGGAUUUGCCAAAACACAGCACAAAGAUGGCUUCAGCCCUCAAAACUUCACUAGAGAGCAGCCUUAUAAUCAAGUACUCUCUAUUGUUCACAACCAUGGUUGGAGUGUCCAUGGUCCUUGGAGAUGGCAUUCUUACACCCUGCAUAUCUGUAUUGUCUGCUGUUGGAGGUAUUAAGGAGGCUGUUCCUAAUCUUUCAGAAGAUGUAAUCAUGUGGAUCUCAGUGGUGAUUUUGAUUUUAUUGUUCCAAGUUCAGAGGUUCGGAACUUAUAAAGUUGGCUAUAGUUUUGCUCCAAUUCUCGUCUUGUGGUUUGCUUUUAUUGCAUCUAUUGGGCUUUUCAACUUCAUCAAGUAUGACCCUGGUGUCAUCAAGGCUGUCAAUCCAUGGCACAUUGCAAAAUAUUUCCAGAGGAAUAAGAAAAGUGCUUGGAUUUCUCUUGGAGGUGUCAUUUUAUGUCUCACAGGUUCUGAAGCUUUAUUUGCUGAUUUGGGCCACUUCCAUAUUCACUCAAUUCGGUUAAGCAGUUGUGCUGUGCUCGUUCCAUCUGUCUUGUUAGCCUAUAUGGGCCAAUGUUCUUAUCUCAGUAAAAAUACAGAAGAUGUUGCUGAUUCCUUCUACAAAUCAAUCCCAAAAUCACUAUAUUGGCCACAGUUUGUUUUGGCAGUAGUGGCUGCGAUAAUUGCUAGUCAGUCAUUAAUCUCUGCGUCCUUCUCUAUUAUCCAACAAUCUGUUGCUCUGGGGUGUUUUCCCCGAGUUAAGGUUGUGCAUACAUCUACAGAACAUGAAGGACAAGUGUAUGUGCCUGAGAUAAACACUCUUUUGAUGUUGGCUUGUGUAGGAGUCACUCUUGGCUUCAGAAAUACUUUAACAAUUGGCAAUGCAUACGGAAUUGCUGUAACAUUUUGUUUCGUGAUUACAUCUUUUUUUCUGGUUCUUGUUAUGGUUAUGAUAUGGAAAACAAAUAUCAUUCUCAUAAUCAUCUAUGUCCUAACCAUCGGUUUCAUUGAAAUGUUAUUUUUGAGCUCUACAUUGUACAAGUUUGUUGAUGGAGGGUACAUUCCAUUACUAUUUGCCUUCAUUAUUGUCUCCAUUAUGUUCAUAUGGAACUAUGGCUACAGGAAGAAGUAUAUGUACGAGCUCAAAAAUAAAGUUGCAGUUGAAACACUUACUGCUAUAGUAUCCAAUGAGAGGAUUUGUCGAGUAGAAGGUCUUGGUUUAUUCUAUACUCGGCUUGUUCAUGGCAUAUCUCCUAUAUUUACUCACUACGUGUCAACUGUUCCUGCAUUGCAUGAAGUUCUUAUAUUUGUUUCAAUCAAGUCAUUGCCCGUCGGUAAAGUUCCAGCUGAGGAAAGGUUCUUGUUUCAGCGAGUAAAGCCUGGGGAGUUGAUUUUUCGAUGUACAGUUAGGUACGGAUACAAGGAUCAAAGAAUGGAUCAUAAGACAUUUCAGGAGAUGCUAGCAGAUCAAUUGAAGGCCUUCAUAGAGGAAGAUAACUGUGAGGAAGAUAGGCAAAGGGAAUUGGCAUUGGUUGAUAAUGCUCUGGAAGAUGGUUUUGUUUAUCUAAUGGGUGAGGGUGAGGUGAUGGCUGCAAAUGGGUCUAGCUGGGUUAAGAAAUUGGUAGUGGACCGCCUCUAUAAUUGGUUAAGCAGAUGUGUGAGACAGCCAGAUGAAGUUUUCUUAAUCCCUCAUAAGCAAUUACUCAAAGUGGGAAUGACAUACGAUGUUUAG